GAUCAGCGCCAGCUUUCACGACUUCGAACGCCAGACGCACCUGCAGGACGGCGCAACAGAAAUAAAAUCUUCGCAGUUUCUGCAAGAACAACUACAGAUGACAAGAAGCAAAACGACACGACACACCGAAUCUACAUCGAGCUUCGAAAUUGAGUACGAAAGCAUCGGGAACGGGUGGUGCGCGCAUUCCGUCUACGCACCAACGGGUUUCGAACACGAGCAAUAUUACCACCGCACGGAUUCUGCCACCUUUGGCAGGGAUAUCUGCGACGCGAACGCAAACUGUCCCGCGUACCAAACCUCCACGGACGUAUGGAUCUGUCAGGAUCGAAAUCGACAAAGUUGAAAUAAUUUGCCAUGCAUAAUGAAAAUGGAUGCCAGGGGUAACCUAGUUUCCAAGUGGCGCAUGACAAAUUCGGGCAGAGCCGAAAUCCAGUUUGUCAUGCUGUUUGGGUAAGGAAGACGGCUUUUGUCAUGCUACUUUAGCACCUCAGUUUCUACCCUUCAACAGGCUUACAGUCUGCCUGACUUGCCUACUCUGCAAGACAGGCACUCAUCUGUGGGCUGCAUUUUAUGCAUGGCAAAUCAUUUCAUCUUUGUCGAUUUCGAUCCUGACACAUCCAUAGAGCGGCAAGG